GUCAUACCGACGAAACGUCAGAAAAUAUUUACGUGAACUGGUUUUAUUUCGUUUUUUUCGCUCUACAAAAGUUAUUCCACCACACAACAGUGCAUCGGAGACGAUAAUUCGCUCAAAAUAACGCAAGUUACAGGCUGUGCAAUUCCGGAAAACGGUGCUGAUAAAGUUAGCUAAAGUUUCGCUGCGAAACAUAAUCACUGAGCUCGAGAUCGAAAUGUCCCGAUGACUCGCUCGCUGCAAGUGGCCACAGUGGGAAGUGUGCAAUAGGGGGUUGAACUCGUUUUCGAGAGUGGUGUUAUCAUCAUCAAACUAUUGUGCGUACUUGGGUUGUGAUAAAGUGUGAUUGAGGGUGCUGAUUUGUGGAAUCCGAUAGCACAGCACAGUCGUCGGUUGUGCAAACAGGCUUCGAAAAGCGAGCGCAAGAAUCCGCUACAACGCAGUGCCCUUCGAUAUCGCAGUGCCCUUUAGCGAGUUUGGCAAGCAAUGACAAUGGGAGAUGAUGCGCCCGUCGUAACAUCCCUGGUACUUCCGAUUCUGAUACGACCAAUACUAUCCCAGCUCGAAAGGCGCGAUGUGGUCGCAUCACAAACGCUACGGGCCGCCCUGACCAAAGCGGAACAGAGCCACCCGGGCCUGACGUACGAUCUGGUGAUGGGCAUCAUCAAGAAGGGCGACAUCAAUGUGAACAUGAACGAAAGCAUCCUCAGACUGCAGGGUGCGGCCACAGAUACGGACCUGAUCGAAUAUCGACUGAACCGCACGGAAGAUGCAUUCCAGGAACUGAACAAAAAGUCGGCCGCACUGAAACGAAUCCUGAGCCGCAUCCCGGACGAGAUAGCUGAUAGGAAAACAUUCCUGGAAACGAUAAAAGAAAUAGCCAGUGCCAUCAAAAAGCUGCUCGAUGCGGUGAACGAAGUGGUCGGCUUCAUACCGGGCUCGUCCGGCAAACAGGCGGUGGAACAGCGGAAGAAGGAGUUUGUAAAGUAUUCCAAAAAGUUCAGUACCACCCUCAAGGAGUACUUCAAGGAGGGAGAAGCAAAUGCCGUAUUCGUAAGUGCCCUGUACCUGAUACACCAAACGAAUCAGAUUAUGAUAACGGUCAAGAACAAGUGCGAAUAGAGUGGGCGGACUGACGUUGGGUGGCCGCGAUCGAAGGUUCGCCUGUCGGAUGAAGCAAAAUCAUGAGUAUUUAAUGAUUAGAUAUGUUUUUGUUACACUGUUUCUUUUUCUUUGUGUUGUUUAAAUCUGUCCCCUUGCCCACACUGCUACUACUCCUGCAUCAUUCCUGUCCCCCCGUUCUCUAUGCAUCUUCCGUUGCAAUAAUUAUUGACUGUACGAAGUGCGCAUCGUCCUGCGCCAUUGUUAUGAGAGAGAUUUAUGUUGGCGGGUCCCAUUUUUUAGGAAAAAUAAAAAGGAAAUCAAACACCCUACUGGCAGCAACGGACAGGGCAGCUGCUCUGGAUUGAUACGAAUAUUUACAUUUUGCCAAUAGUAGGACCGAUGGUUCCCAUCUGUAUUCGCGUGGUAAAGCAAAUAAUUAUGAAUGAGAGACUUUUGGAUUAGGAUUAUUACUAUUACAAUUAUUAAUAUUAUUGCGAGGGAAAGCCAGACACCGCUAGAGAACGUCACACGUAUUAGGAAAAGCGCUAGUGGAAAGGUUUAACAAGAAAGAAAACGUCUAUAUAUACAACACACCCACACAAGAAUAAUUUGAAUGUUGGUCGUGUAGGAAGGAAGCAGAUAGUGAGUAUGAUAACAAAAAACCCCUAUGAUAACGUUAUUAUUUCUUUUUACUAUAGCGGAGAAGAAGAACAAACGAGCGAGAGUGUGAGAGUGGAGGACGUAAAAAGAAGAACAAAAUCUUAAUAAAACCAUACACUAUAGUUUUAAA